AUACACCAACACCACAGGCCAGACUAGGCACAGUCAUCUUUCUCUGGUGUGAGGUCUUACGGCUCCACUCCAUAAUAACAUAAAAAAGUGGUUUUGAUUCUGUUCGUGUCCAAAAUGUCAAUGAGAUAGGAACUAUUAUUAUUGUUGUAAUUUGUUUAUGUAAUUGUGUUUUAAUUUUGUGUAAGUUUAAUGUUUUAUGAAUGCGAAGUGACGAUCCCUUUCGUGAACUGUUGAAAACGAUUUUGAGGAAUUCAUUGUUUAUUUUCUUCCAUCAACAAACAUGGCAGUUGACAGUAUGUCCGAUGAUUCUUCUGCAGACUCCGUUAAAUUAGUCGAUAACAGCCGAUUAGAUAAGAAAAAAAAGAAAAAGAAACAUAAGCAUAGAAGUGAACGAAAACAUAAAAAAACGAAGAAAGAAAAUGGAGAAACCAAAUUGAAGGAUAAGAAGAAAUCAAAUGGUGACCAUGUUCAGAAUGGUAAACAAAAAAGACCACCAUCUCCACCCCCACCUGAAAAUAGUAAAAAGAAAAAAAUUGAAGGACCCAUAAUAACAGAAAUCAACUUGGAUGAAGAAGAAAUGAAUUUAGAAGAACUUAUCAAGCAAAAGGCUUUACUUCAAGCUAGAUUAGGAGCUUAUUUAUCAGAAUCAGAAGAAGGUGAUAAAACCAAUAAAAAAAAAAAGCCAAGCGCUAAAAAAUCAGUUGAAACCAUUAACCUAAUUGAUGAUGAAUCAGAUGAAGAAUACAAAAAUAAGAAUUCUGAACGUGUAAGAAGCCCAUUAAAACGUUAUCAUGGUUCCAGUCAAGAAAUUAAGAAAACAAGAGAUAGAAGUGUAAGUAAAGACUUAACUCAUUUAAAGUCUGAUCGCAUAAGAAAAGAAAAAGAACGCGAAAAAGAAAGAGAUCGUGAUAAAGAAUAUGAAAGGAAUCGAGAAAAAGAUAAAGACAGACAAAGAAAAAUUAAACAUUUGGAAGAUGAAAAGCGACGUGAAAUAAGACGAAAAGAAGAGGAAAUCAAAAAAAGAGAAGACGAUUUAAGGAGGCGUGAACAAAGAAGACGAGAUGAAGAAAUAAAAGAUAUAGAAGAAGAAGCAAAAAGACGAACAGAAGAAGUAAGAAGACGAGAAGAACAGAUCAAGCAACGAGAAGAUCAAUUAAGACGGAGACGAGACCGUAUUAAAAGUCCUAUACCUAAUAGAGACCGUGCAAGAAGUCCACCUGGUCCUAAUAGAUAUCGUGAUCGAGAACGUGAUCGUGAUAGAGAGAGAGAUAGAGAUAGAGAUAGAGAUAGAGAUAGAGAUAGAGAUAAGAGAUUUAAUAGAAAAUAUGAUAGGAGAUCACAUAGUAAAGAACGAUAUUCUAGAUCUCAUAGAGGAAAAGAUAGAGGAGAUAAAUAUAAAGACAGUUUUUCUGAAGGUCUUAAGCGUGAUGAUAAGUCAUCUUCAGAUUCUGACAUUGAUGUAAAUAUAAAUAUUGCGGAAGAUGAAAACGAAGAAGAAAUUAUUGAAAAAAGAAGAAAGCAAAGGGAGGAAUUAUUGAAGAGGUUAGGAGCAAAUAAUAGUAAUUUGCAUAGUGAAGAUUCUAUGAAUCCUUCUCCACAUGGAAGUUACGCUACUGAAACAUCUAUUCAACAUUCUCCAGAACUUCCAUCUCCUAAAGAAACUGAUAGAAUAUUAAAUGAUUCUGAUUCAGCAACAGAUAAAGAGACCACAAAGCCUGAUCAUGUAUUAAAUCCUGAUUUAAUAAAAGGCAAAUGGGAUAUGUUUGCAGAGGCUGAUUCAUUUCAUGCUACACAACAUACUCCUCAACCAGAUGGUAUAUCCAAUGGAAACAAGAGUGUACCAGAAAAUCCUUCUUUAACUGAUAACUGGGAUGAUGCAGAAGGAUAUUAUCGCGUAAGAAUUGGUGAAACAAUGGAUUCACGUUAUACUGUCUAUGGAUAUACUGGGCAAGGAGUAUUUUCCAAUGUUGUUCGUGCUAGAGAUGCGGCUCGUGAUAAUCAAGAUGUGGCUGUUAAGAUUAUACGAAACAAUGAAAUUAUGCACAAGACAGGAUUGAAAGAAUUAGAAAUUCUUAAACGGUUAAAUGAUUCUGAUCCUGACGAUAGGUUUCAUUGUCUACGUUUAUACCGUCACUUUUUCCACAAGCAACAUUUAUGCAUGGUUUUUGAACCUCUCAGUAUGAAUCUUAGAGAGGUGUUGAAGAAAUAUGGCAAAGACAUUGGAUUGCACAUUAAAGCUGUUCGUUCAUAUAGUCAACAGUUGUUUUUGGCAUUGAAAUUGAUGAAAAAAGCAAAUAUAUUACAUGCUGACAUCAAGCCUGAUAAUAUUCUGGUGAAUGAAAGUAAGUUAGUAUUGAAAUUGUGUGAUUUUGGAUCAGCAUCACACAUAACUGAUAAUGAAAUCACACCCUAUCUGGUCAGUCGAUUCUACCGGUCUCCUGAAAUAAUUUUAGGUAUUCAAUGUGAAUUUGGCAUUGAUAUGUGGUCUGCUGCUUGUACUAUUUAUGAACUUUAUACUGGAAAAAUAUUAUUUCCUGGAAAAACUAAUAACCAAAUGUUGAAAUAUUUUAUGGAUUUGAAAGGAAAAAUGGCUAACAAAACUAUUCGGAAGGGAAUGUUCAAAGACCAACAUUUUGAUACUAAUUGUAAUUUUCUGUAUCACGAAGUUGACAAAGUCACAGAACGAGAAAAAGUUAUAACUAUGUCUUCGAUAAAUCCUAAUCGAGAUUUAUAUACUGAAUUACUGGGAAACCAAAAAUUACCAGAGGAGCAAAUUCGUAAAGUUGGACAAUUGAAGGACUUGCUUGAUAAAAUACUGACUUUGGAUUCUUCAAAACGCAUUGGCAUAUCACAGGCUUUGGUACAUCCGUUCAUAUCGGAAAAAAAUUGAUCAAAGGAAAGCUAACUCGAAAAAUCAUACAACACAUAGGAAUUGACAAAAUCAUUUCUCCUCCAAUGUUUAUUUGGUAAUUAAACGAUUAUCAUCAGGAAAUCUAAAUUUAACGCUUGAAUUAGAAAAUGUUAACAACACCAACACCCAAGUCAAUUUAAUUACCUGUAAUAGUUUCCUUCUAUAAUUGCUGGUCUAUACUUGGUUGGCUUGUGGCAGUUCCAGAUUUAAAUUGAAUAUGAUAGAUGAUUGAACCUAGAAUAUUAGAUAUAAUAUUAAAACUAUUCAUUUCCCCAAAAAAUUAUUCUGAUCAUUUUUUUAUUCAAUGGAAAAUUACUAAAAAAUCUGGAGUUGUCACUAAUAAGGAAUCUCAAACAAUCUAUCCUUAAACUAUAUAGGAUACAGUAAAUAUUUACAGUUUUAAUUUCUUUGUGAGUCGUUAAUUUUUCAGGGUUACCGAACAGAGAGAUAGAGAGAGGGGCAAAUCAGAAUGGCUAUUGUAUCCAUAAUUGGUAUCCAUACAGGUAAUAAAAUGAAAUAUUACAUUUAAAAAAAGGAUUAAUUAAUUUGGAAAUUAUUUCAAAUAAUUUAAAUACAAGCUUUCUUAUUACUUAUUAAGAAUACUUCUAAAUAUUGUAAUUAUUGUAGUGAAACUAUUUCAUUUUCAAUUGAUUACAUGUAAGCAUGAACAACAUUGUUUACUUUCAACAUUUCAUUCUACCAAUUACCUGUUUUAAUAGGUUAUACGUGAAGUACAUCAUAAUAUAUUGUGGGUAUUAACUUUUAAUUAUAUUAUUUUUUCUGUGAAAAAUGUAUUAUUUUAAAUUUUGAACAGAACAAAGAAGUUUUAUAAUUAUGUUUUUUUCCUCAGAAAAUAAUAUUGAAAGUAAAAAAGCUCAAAAACUUUUUCAAAAUUCAUUUGAUGGAAAAGAGAGGAGAACCCUAGUUAUUAUUGCAAAUAGCCAAGUUUUUUGAAAAUUGUAAGAAACAGAAAAAAAUGUAAUUGUAUAUUUAAUUAAAACUGUAGCUUGGUACACAGAUGGCUAACAUCCAAUAUCAAUUUUUUUUUUAAUUGAGAUUAACAGCUGACAGGUUAAGCCUCAAUGUUGAAAAAAUUAUUUGUUUAUCAUUAGGUAUAAUAUGUUGGGUUAACAGACCUCACAUUUUUAAUUUAUAACGGGCUCAUGUAGGAUCUUGAAUAUUAUGUUUUCUUAUGGUAAUAUUUCCAAGUAUAGAACAAAAUUACUUAAACAGUCAUUUAUUUUAUGUAUUCAUCAUUAUUGACUCUACAAAUGUUAAUUAAAUCUUAGAAGAAUCGAUCAGAAAUUAUUAUGUUAAGUCUCAAUCCCCCCUUCUCCCGUGGGGCUUAACCUGUUUUAGCAAAAAAAAAAUAUAAUUUUUUUGUGGAAGUUGAUUAAAUGGCCAGUAUAUUUGAACUAAUGUAACCAACUUAAGAUAUAAGAUUGGCCAUUUUAAUUUGAAUAAAUAGUAAUCGUUAUUUUAAAAAAUAUAUAAAGGUGCUUAUCUACUUACAUGAAAAAAAAAAAAGAAAACAGAUUAUUUCAUUGAUAAAUAAAAUCAAUUGAUACAUAUUUUUUUUUUUUAUUACCUACCUCAUUAAUUAUUAAUAAGCUCAAUAAAUAAGCUUAUGUCACUAUAUAAUGUGAACAAUUCCUUAUUCAAAGCUUUCAAGCCAUUACUAUACUUUAGUGACUAAAGAUUAAACCCAUUGGCCAUUAUGUAUGCCACAGGGUAUCAUUCAAACUAUAAAAAAAGUUUUAUUUUUUUCUGUGAAUAAUUUUAGCAAUACAUUUAUUAUCAUAUUUAAUAAAUUAUAAUAAUCUAAUUCAGCGUUUCUUAAAUUUUGUUCCACGACACUCGUUAAAAUUAAAAUGUAGAAGCCUGUUUGUGUUAUUUAAAAUUUUUAUUUUUAUUUUAAAAUUUCUUUUGGAUUAAAUACAGUAUUUACAUUAAUAUUUUAUGAAAUUAUUAUAAUUUUUAUUUCAAAUAAUCCUUACAUAAAAUUACGCUAAAUAUGACUAUUGAAACAAAGUAAGGGUUCUAAAUGUCGAGCUGUAAUAACUUAUUGUUGAAGGCUAAAUAAAAAAAUCUGAAAACUUAAAAAAAGUAGGGGUUCUACGAUAAAAGUGGGCAUAAAAAAGGGUUUGAGAAAUGCUGAUCUAAUUAAUAGCUAUUUGAAACAUAUCGGAGUGAAAAUAUCAAACCUAAAUUAUCUUUUUGUAUAACAGCUAAAUUGAAAGGAUUUUUUUAAUUUGAUCUAAAUAUACGUAUGUUUCAACCAUGAAUUUAAAAAACAAUAAUUGUCAAAAGCAAUAAGUAGGCCGUAGGUAUUCUAUUUUUUAAUGAAUAUUAUAGGUACAAUGUACAUCUACUAACAUAUUUCUACAAUUAUUUUGCUAAAAAUUACGCUACAUAACUACUAUAAAAAUAUAUUGCUCCAAUGGAUCUAGUAGUUUUAGAAACAUAUUACAUGUAAAUUAAAAACAUUUUUACUUACUAGUCGUAGACAAAUCAUCACCGGAGAAGGCAGGUCUUCCUUGUUUUUUUACAUUUAAUAAUAUCAAACAAUUUUUUUUAUCCAUUAUAAAUUAAAUUAAAUUUAAAAAAUACAAUUUGUAAUUAAAAGGCUUAGACACUUAGUACUGAAGUAAAUAAUAUAGUAACAAGGACAAUUUGCAAAAUUUAAACUAAAACAAAAAAAAUGUAUAUUACUAUUAUAUAAUAGUAUAAUGCCAGUACAAUAAAUACUGACUAUAUACUGUGUAGUGACUACUUAGUACCAAGUACCUACCAACUACAAGUUACUUGUGUCAGAUGUCAUUAGUCAAUGACCAAUGAAUGCUGAGUGGUAACUGGUAACUGGCAAUAGGCAUAGACAACCAGACAAGUAUAGAUUUAUUUAUAAAUUAUUAUUAAUAUUCACCUGUUGUUUUGUUGAUGUUAUAAUGAAUGGUUUUUAUUUCCGGGAAAAGAUAAAAAUAGACCAACAUAGAAACUAUUGAAUAUAAUAGAAGAGGUAUCAAAUCAAAGGACUUAAAUACUCAUGGCAUGUGGUAUUUGUAUUGUAUUUUUUUUUCUAGAGUGGGCGGGCGAGCUUGGGAAUUAUUUAAGGGGGCCAAGCUUCUCCGUAACAUAUAAGCCAGAAAAAUGUAUGUUCGUAUUUAUAUUAACCGUCUAUUAUAGGUUUAUUUUAGUGUAUGUUCAUUUUUAUUUUAAAUUUUAUAUUGUGUUUAUUAUUUAAGAUUUUAAUUACAUUUAUUAUUUCACAAUAUGUUUGAAUUAUUAAAUAAAUACAUAAAACUAUUUCAUA